AUGCGAACCGAUGAAGCCUCCAGUAGCCGGAAACCACGGUCAUCAGGGAAAACGCAAGAGCAGCAGACGCAUGAAGGGGAGCAGGGCCAAGCCAUGUUGGCGGGCCGGGCAUCUCGCGUCCCGGCCGAGGACACCCAGCAGGACUUGGUGACAUCUGGGCAGCAGGGCUCGCUCCGCAAGCGGCGCCGGCUUCAGGCCCAGGGUGCGGGCGCUGUCGCAGCAUCGUCGGCUGCUGCAGACGUGGACGUUAAGGAAGAGGAGCCAGCGGUCGAGGUGGUGCAGGUUUCGCGUGACGAGGAGCGCGGGCCGGUCGAAAUGGCGGAGGAUGCGGGCGACCAGGAUGGCGAGGUCUCCACAGCUGUAGAGCUGGGGGAUGUGGGGGAUCAGGACAGCGAGGUUUCAGACGAGAUCGACAUGGGUCUGUUUGCAGACGACGGCUAUGGGGAGCAGGAACCUACGGGCGCAGCGGCAACCGCCGGCGGCGCUGCUGAUGCAGGCACCGCCGAGCAUCAGGACAUGCCUUCCUUUGAUGACUUUGUCAACGAGGAUUGA